CUAAACAGGGGAGACAGCGAAGCAAAAGAACAAAACAAAACAAGACAACAUCAUCAAGAUAAACAGAAUCAAGGUCCCUGUCCGUGCUGGCUGGCGGUGCUCACUGUCCAGGCCGCUGUCCGUGCGGCGCUAUGUCUUCCGGGUUCACGGGCCGCGAAGUUUACGAGGCGGAAUUCGAACCCAGGGCCUACCUGAGCUACUUCAGCUUCGGGGACAACGAGCUGGGGGACGAUUUUCUCCGGUUCGUGCUACCGCACUACAGCCGCGCCUUCGCUCCCGGCAGGCUGAAAGGAGACCUGCUGAUCGACGUCGGCUCCGGCCCCACCGUCUACCAGCUGCUCUCCGCCUGCGAGGCCUUCCGGGAGAUCGUCGCCACCGACUACACUGCCCAGAACCGGCAGGAGCUGCAGAAGUGGCUGAGCAAGGAGCCGGACGCGUUCGACUGGUCUCCGGUGGUGAAAUACGUGUGUGAGCUGGAAGGGGACAGGGAGAAGUGGGCGGAGAAGGAGGAGACGCUGAGAGCGGCCAUCCGGAGGGUCCUCCCCUGCGACGUCCUGAGGCCUCGGCCCCUGGACCCGGCGGUCCUGCCACUGGCCGACUGCCUGGUCUCGUCGCUGUGUCUGGAGGCCGCCUGCCGUGACCUGACCAGUUACCGGCUCGCCCUGCGCCACAUCUCCGGCCUGUUGAAGCCCGGGGGCCACCUGGUGCUCAGUGGAGACCUGGGUGUCUCCUUCUACAUGGUGGGGGCCAAGAGGUUCUCGGCGUUGCCCCUGGAGGAGGGCUUCCUGCGAGAGGCCUUGGCAGAGGCAGGCUACUUCAUCGAGACCAUGGAGACGGCGCUCCGCACCGCGGCCCCAGAGUUUGAUGAUUCUGACUACAAGGGAAUGUACUUCAUUGUUGCCCGCCUGUCCAACUGAUGCCCAGUAGAGAGGGGAGCCCUGGCUCACUCCCACCCCCAAGUCCAGCUUUCUGUUAUUCCCAGCUUUCUGUUAUUCCCAGCUUUCCGUGACCACACCUUCCCCGGAGGCGGGGUAGGAGGGAAAUCUCAUCUCUCACUUCUGCCCCCAGAGAACCCCAGGCCUCUGCUAUCCAAGUGCAUUUCUGCCACCCAGUUGCUGGAGAGAGAGUUCAUUUCUGCCUAGACUUUAGUAAUAUUUCCAUAGCUUUUCAGCCAAUCUUGACCCCCAGGUUCAUUCAAUUCAUUCUGAAUGAAUUCAUUCAUUCAAUCGUAUUUAUCGAGCCCUUACUGUGUGCCGAGCACUGUACUAAGUGCUUGAAAAGUACAAUUUGGCAACAGAUAGAGACAGUCCCUACCCAACAAUGGGCUACCGGUUGUGUUACUUGAAACAAGACAGCAGUUAGCUGGGGAGACCCGGCAAAAUUUCCCUUUAAGGCUAGGCCUCGCCCAAUGGAACAAGCUUGGUUUUAGCAGGUUUGAUCUGUGUUUGAGGCAGAAAGAGAUGGGGAAGGGGGGAAGAGAGGGAAGGAGGGAGGAAAGGAGGAAGCUCAUUGGCAGGGAGCAAGUUUAUCAACUCUUAUCUUGUACUGUCCCAAGCACUCAGUACAGUGCUCUGUACACAGUAUCUGUUCAAUAAAUACCACUGAAGAUGAUGAUGAGGGGAAGAGGGACACAGAUAGAGAGAAGAAAGGUUCAGAAAGGGAGGGAGACAGCCAUCAGGAAUGUCCUAAGAAGGAAAAUCCCUACAUUUCCCAGGAGGGUCCAAGUUCCCAGCCAGGCGUAGAGGGCCAGAGAUACUAUCCUCUCAGUUUCUACAAAAAUUCCUACUGCUAACUGUGGGUGCUGAAUCUUUGAAUUGCAUUUUGCCUUUCUUUGCUCUCAGAUAUUCUUGAUUAAUUGAAUUAACUUCAAACUUUGUCCUAAGUGGGGAAAAUGCUGAGCAUUCAUGUUGGAAAGAGAUGGGGAGGUGGGGAAGAGACUGGAUUAUGUCUGUCCAGGACAAGUAUUUGGAGGGAAUCUUUCCUGUGAAAAAUUAUCCUCUCAACUUGAAUUUGCAAGGGAAAGUCUCAAACUUGGCCUCCCCUCCCCAAGAUUUUUGGGUGGCCCCUGAAAUCAGUCAUCCUCCCCAAAGUUGGACCAGGGAACCCUGAUACUGGAGUGUCUAGUCGAUGGUGGCCUGCACUGAAUUUGUAUCAUACUCUCACAAGUGCUUUGCGCAGUGCCCUGCACACAGUAAGCAUUCAAUAAACACCACUGAUUGAUUGAU